AUGAGUCGAAAACGAAAAUUCUCGGAAGCAAACAGAUCACCACCAAAACAGCCACUAUCCCUCAAAGCGAUAGCAACAUUGUCUGUGAAGGAACUGAUUCUCGAAGCCUUAGACGAUGAUCCCGCAGCAGUCGGCCAUAUCAAAGUCGAUCACGUCUUCUCAACCGAGUUCAACAUCUACAGAAUUCUGCUGCCCGAUGGAACUCCGACACCCUAUGUAUUCUGCGAUCACCCGUCUUGCCUUGAUAAGCCUAAUAGAGAUAAGAUCUUCCUUGGGAUGGGAGGACGAGUCACAUCCGACAAAGCAGUCACUUCACUGAUCAGAAGUCACGAGAAGACACACCUCAAUUUAGAACGCCUCGGUCGAUUACUAGCAGAGAUCUGCGUCGAGUUGAACUUGGACCCUUCGUACUGGUGGCGUCUUCCAACAAUGGGCUUCAGUGUCGUCCAAUUGCUUGGGGCGAGCCACGGAUUCAACAUUCAUGACAUUCAUGAAGAUAUCCAGAAAUACAUGACAAGCCAUCUAGAGCGUGUGGGCAUGGAAUGGGAUGAAGAGGAACGACAAUUUAUUGAACUCGUCACGGAGCACGAAGACAUGGAUUACGACGAACCUGGAAUGUAA